CCUGUACGUCCAUCCCGCUCAACACCUCCCACGAUGGAUUUCGCACAUCCCUCAUCUUCUAGCGGCUCAUGGAAGAGUCUAUGCAAUGUCGUAGAAUAUAGCGGCAUUUUCGAUUCUGAAUAUCGCCAGCCCCACUCACGGUGCAUGGAAAACACACGUGUUAUCCUUCGGAAGAGCAUAACACAAGUCCUUGACCAACGUGAUCGGACGAACGUCUGGCUCAACGGUCUCGCCGGUGUUGGAAAAACAUCUAUCGCGUUCACCAUAGCUGAGGAGAUGAAAGCAGCGAAGAGGCUUGCUGCCACUUUCUUCUUCUCGCACAAGCAUUCGCAAAAACCUGUCGCCAUCAUUCCUACCAUCGCAUACCAGCUAGCACUGGCUUUUCCGCGCAUUCGAGAAGAUAUCGUGAAAGCGAUCGAUAACGAUGACAGUCUCCUAUCACCUGGAAAAUCUCGCGCAGAUCAGAUGCGAGAGCUCGUCAUAAAGCCACUCGAGAUAUUGAGAUUCCGCGAAGAAACUUAUUCCAUCAUUAUCGAUGCUCUCGACGAAUGUUUCUCCUCUGAAGAGGCCGCAAGACUGGUCACGCUGUUGACAGACACCCUUGCAGGCACAGCCUUGCCAUUCAUCCAUGUCAUAUUCACGAGCCGCCCUGAGGCUCAUAUCUGCGCUGCCAUACCCUCCAGUAUCCGCGAGAUUCGCCUUACCACUCGUGAUGAAAACACCAUAAAGGAUGUCCGUUUAUUUCUGCGAGCAUCACUGGACAAAACACGGACAAGUCGUCCUGCUGUUUUCGGUCAGCCACCCAUUCCCUGGCCAUCGGAGGAUGAAUUCGAGACAUUGGUCUUUAAGGCGGGCGGUCUGUUUGUUUACGCUGCCAUGGCCAUGAAUUUUAUAUCGGCCGCUGGACAUGAUCCGCAGGAAAGACUAGAGCUCUUACUACGCGAGAAGUCGACUGUUGGUGCUGACAUCGAUCAGCUUUAUCGGCAGAUCAUUGCAACUUCCGAGGAUCCACUCGCGCACUGUCGGAUGUUAGUGUCUAUAAUCAAUCUUGCACAUCCGUUGCCACUUGUGGAACUUCAAGAACUCUUUUACGCAGAUAAAAGGAGCUUAGGUGUGAUGCUUGAAGCAUUUUCACCUGUGAUCUUGAAUGAUGGGAUCGGAAAUGUUGAAAUCUAUCACGCUUCGCUCCGCGACUUUAUGAGCGACCCUCUACGCUCGAAGCAAUAUCACAUAGACGGUCCACAUGCUAAUGAGCACCUUGCAUGCUGCUGCCUUGAGUUCAUUACACGCCGGGACGCCACUCGUGCCAAUAUAGUGUCGUCUCCUCGAUAUCUAUAUCCAUAUCAGAUGUGGGGUAUCCAUAUUUAUCUUGCCCAUCCUAGCAGCAAACUUCGAAAUUUGCUGGCCCUGUUUACAGACACAACACUGCGAUAUUGGGUGCAGACCCCAAGCCCUAAGGACCUCUACCUUGCACGCACUGUCCGGUUUGCAAGAAAGGCUUGUUUAUCCUUGAUGGAUCAGGGGUCCGUCGGACAUUAUGGUUGCAUGGCGUCUUCAUAAAGGUUGUAAAAAGCUUGCAAAGCUAGAAAUGGCAAGAAACUAGCAAGCUUUACGGAGCCCAACUAGCUAGAAAUUCAGAAAUGCCGCCAUUUGGAUCAAUUCUCGCUGUUCGGACUACUACUGUAUACCCAUCUCUGGUCCUCAAAAACAAGAAGCAU